AUGGAACGAGAAACUGAAGAUAAGGAAUUUAGAGAUCAUCUUCUGAAUGAGGAAUAUGGACUGUGUGUUUUUGUGACAACAGUGCUUAACACUCGAUACAUUAUUUUGCAAAAUGAGACUGUAGAUACUGGAAAAUUUCUUUUGGAACUUGAAUGCCUUCUACCAAAGGAACAGGACAACUUUUCGAGGUUUGAUUUGAAUGCAGACUCACUAAAACGAGUUCUACAGUCUAUGGAUACAGAAUAUGACAAGACAGUUUUGAAGGCCAUGAUUUUCGCUUCGGCGUCAAGGAAGAAAGUCUAUGAGCUUGGUAUUAAACCAGAGAAUGCUGUAGGUUUCCUUAACAAAGUUGUCAAUGUAUCCACAGAAUGUGAACAAGCUAUUGAAGCAGCAGGGGAUAUUUUAGAACUGCAAGAUAAGGACAAAUUGACAUCCAUAAAUGAAAAAAUAGAAGUCAUUGAGCAAAGCUUGGGAAAAAAGGAAAGUUUGAUAUCUGAAAGGCGCAAGGCAGAUCUUAUUUCAGAAAAGUCAAGUCUAGAAGAGAGAAAAGAGUGGAUAGAGAACGAUCUGCAACAAGAUGACUCUAAGAGUGUUAGAAGAUAUAAUCAAAGAAAACGGAGAUUGGCAAGAACACUUGUUCAUAACAGCAGGGUGAAAAGACGCAAACUUGGUGCAGGGGCAAACAAGAGUUUGGACACCGAGGAUGAGGAAUUUAUUGCACGAUCUAUAGAGGAAACAUGCACUGCCCAUGGUAGGCGCCAUGAUACUGUACUCUAUAGCCAUCACCGUGUUAAGAAACGGCACUUUUUAUCAUUGGCCAACUAUAACCUCCAUCGCAGAGGUAAGAAACUGAUAAAAUCAGCUACAACUGUGCUUAGCGAGGUAGACCAAAGAACAUUAAUUCAAGGGCAGCAAAAGCACAUUGUGGAAAGUCACUUUUUUGUUCCAAAAAACCUCCCAAGACUGAAAGUGAAUCAGGUUUGGCAACUCAUCAUCAAAGAGCACAUAUACGCAAUUGCAAGCUUGACAUGUUCAAGAGAAGAAAUAAAACAAGUCACAUGA